CAGAGCCGUGCCAUUGACCCGGACUUUCGUACCACUCGGAGACCUCAGGUACUAUCCCUCAAGGGGGCCCAGGACCUCACGAGCUUAUAAUUUUGCAAAUUGGAAAUAUUUUCUGUUCAAAGUAAAGCGAAGAUUUGUGGCUGGUUAAAAAUGCAAGGAGCUGAAGACAGACAGACCAAAAGAGAGACUUACCUUGAUUGGAAUAACCAGCCUAUUGUAGAGCAUGAUGUAUCUGAAAGUGAUUCUCUACAGAUCAUAACAAAGAGAUUCCAAGAAGAUGAAUAUCAGGGUUCUACAUUUGAAGGAAAGCAUGUCUGUGAAGGUGUGAAGGAGAACUCUCCCAGAGAGGUUCCUGGUCCAUGCUUUUUUCAGAAAGGAGGUUUUGGGGGAAUAACCUUCAUUCACAAGGAUGCAUACCCUGACAUGAUCAGUCAAGCAUAUAAUGUUAAGAAGAGCUUGAUUUUAACCACAAACCUUGUUGCACAUCUCAGGGUGUCUACAGAAGAGAGCCUGCAUCAGUGGGAAGCAGACAACAUACAUGCUGAUGAGAUUUCCCAACAGAGUCAUGGUGUGACUCUUUACCCAAAGAAAAAAGCUUGUAACUUUAAUGAAUGUGGGAAGAGCUUUACUCAGCACUCAUCCCUCACCCAACACCAGAGGAUUCAUACAGGAGAAAAGCCCUACACAUGCACAGAAUGUGAGAGAGCAUUUAGUCGCAGUUCCUUUCUUGUUCAACAUCAGAGAAUUCACACUGGAGUGAAAGCAUAUGAGUGUGAGCAGUGUGGGAAAACAUUUCGAUGCCAAUCAUUUCUCACUCAGCAUCAGAGAAUACACACUGGGGAGAAGCCUUAUAACUGCACUGAGUGUGGAAAUUCUUUCCGCAAUUAUUCACAUCUCACUGAACACCAGAGAAUUCACAGUGGAGAGAAGCCUUACAGGUGUGAUAGAUGUGACAAAGCUUUCAACCAGAACACACACCUUAUUCACCACCAGAGAAUUCACAAUGGAGAGAAGCCUUAUUUGUGCAGUGAAUGUGGCUCUUCUUUUCGCAAGCACUCCAAUCUUACCCAGCAUCAGAGAAUUCACACUGGCGAAAAACCUCAUCAGUGUGAUGAAUGUGGGAAAACAUUCCAGACAAAGGCAAACCUGUCUCAACAUCAGAGAAUUCAUACUGGAGAAAAACCCUACAAAUGUAAGGAAUGUGGCAAGGCCUUCUGUCAGAGCCCAUCUCUUAUUAAACACCAGCGAAUUCACACUGGUGAAAAACCUUAUAAGUGUAAGGAAUGUGGCAAAGCUUUUACCCAGAGUACACCACUCACCAAACAUGAGAGAAUCCAUACUGGGGAGAGACCUUACAAAUGCAGUGAAUGUGGCAAAUCCUUCAUUCAGAGCAUUUGUCUCAUUCGCCAUCAGAGAAGUCACACUGGAGAAAAACCCUACAAAUGCAGUGAAUGUGGAAAAGGUUUCAAUCAGAACACCUGCCUCACACAACACAUGAGAAUUCAUACUGGUGAGAAGCCUUAUACCUGUAAGGAAUGUGGGAAAGCCUUUGCACAUCGUUCUUCUCUUACUGAACAUCACAGGACUCACACUGGUGAGAAGCUAUAUAAAUGUAGUGAAUGUGAGAAAACCUUCCGCAAAUAUGCGCACCUGAGUGAGCACUACAGAAUUCACACUGGUGAGAAGCCUUAUGAGUGUAUUAAAUGUGGGAAGUUCUUCAGACACAGCUCAGUCCUUUUCAGACACCAGAAACUUCACAGUGUUGAAUGAUUCAGCCACAUAGAUUAUGACAGAUUUGCUAGAGUGAAUGACUUGGAAUC